AUGGCCUCCCGCUGCAGCAGCCUGGCGGAGCACAGCCACCGGCUGCAGGCCACUGCCGUGACACUCAGCGUCCCGGACGGGCACAGCCUGGCCAUCAGCACCUUCAGGAAGCUGGACGGGAUGUGCUGGGAAAUCCAGCAGCGCUACCUCCCUGCCCAGGCCCACGGACGCUUCCUCCUGAAGGGCCGUGGCUAUGGCAGCAAGGUGGACAUUGUGGUGGCUGAGACUGACCACAGCAGCUACACCAUCCUCUACUACCAGAAGGGCCGGAGCAUCUCAGUCAAGCUCUACGGACGGACCAGCCAGGUCAGCGAUGCUGUCCUGGAGAAGUUUGAGCAGCGCACCAGGGCUGUGGGUCUGAGUGAAGACAUGAUCUACUACUUCCCCAUAUACGUGUCUCUGGGGUGCAGAGGCUGGGGGUCCCAGGGGACCAAGAAGGGUGACCACCCCAGGCUCUCUCUCUUCCAGGGUUCUGCGACUCCGCAGAUGAGUUUCACGUCCUCAAUGGCCACGCUGCUCGGUGUCCUGGGGCUGGCCCUGCUGGGGGCCCUGCAGGCGCAGGAUGGCAUUCCCGUGCAGAGCGACUUCCAGCAGGACAAGCUCACAGGGAGAUGGUACACCAUUGGCCUGGCCUCCAACUCCAACUGGUUCAAGGACAAGAAGCACCUGAUGAAGAUGUGCACCACAAUCAUCUCCACCACUGCAGAUGGGAACCUGGAAGUCACCUCCACCUACCCCAAGGGUGACCAGUGUGAGACGAGGAACAGCCUUUACAUGAAGACGGAGCAGCCAGGGCGGUUCAGCUACACCAGCCCACGCUGGGGCAGCAAGCACAAUAUCCAUGUGGUGGAGACCAACUACGAGGAGUAUGCCUUGGUGGCCACCCAGAUCUCCAAGAGCACCGGCUCCUCCACCAUGGUGCUGCUCUACAGCCGGACCAAGGAGCUGAGCCCUGAGCGCCUGGAAAGGUUCACCCAGUUCUCCAGGGAGCAGGGCCUGAUGGAUGAAGAGAUCCUCAUCCUGCCCUGGACAGACAAAUGCAUGGCGGAUACUGCCUAG